UGCCAAUCACGUCAGACAUAAUUUGGGAGAAACAUAAACAUCCCACAAAGAGAGAGAGUGUGUGUAUGUGAGAGAGAGAGAACAAAAAUGUGUUUGAUAAUAUAUGUUUGUGAUGCAGAAGAGAAAGAACUAGGAAGACAAGCAGCAGCAGGAGCAUGCCCUUCUUGUGGAGGCAAAGUUCAAGCUGUGGAUGUUGAGAGCAAAUGGAAAUUUUGUUUCCUUCCUCUUUGCUUCAUCAUAAAGAGAAAAUAUCAAUGUACUCUUUGUUCUAGGCGUUUAGUCUUGUAUUCGUCUUGAACAAAAAUUUAAUUGUCCAAAUUUCAUGUCUUUUUCUCUCUUUCUCAAUUUCAUGAGGAUGAGUUCUCCACUUCUAUCCUUCGUCCAAUUCAUUUUUUAUUUUUUAUAAUGGUGAUGUUUGAGCUAGCUAGUACGGAUAUACAUGGCCGAUCUCAAUUUAUUUGGGAUUAAGUCCUACUGGUUUUCGGUGAUGUUCGAACUAGCUUACAUGUACCUGUUGCCUUGUACCUUAUUCCUUCUUUCCCGUUGCAUGAGGAUGAGUUCUCCA